AUGACGUUUGAGGCCGCUGGGAGGGACGACGCACCACCGCCUCUGUUCAGUAGGAAGAAGUCACCGCCUGUUGAGAAUACCGAGCCAAUUGAGAGCCUCAAGCCAGCCGAGACUUACACCCCGGUUGAGGAGCCUAAGCCGGCGGAGACAUACAAGCCAGUCGAGACGUAUAAACCAGUCGAAACUUAUAAGCCGGUCGAGACCUUCAAACCCGUCGAGACAUACAAGCCAGUAGAGCGCACAGCACGACCAGCACCCAUGCAGCGAAUGGCCUCUUCCGACGCCCUCUCCAAACUCCCGCCACCCCUCCUCCACAGCAUGCGCGAGUCCUUCAGCGUCAUGGACCGCGACGACGACGGCCACGUCAACUCCGCCGACGUCGCAGACAUGCUCUCCCAACUCGGUCUCUCGGCGACCCCCUCCCAACUCUCCACCUACUUCAACGGCGCGCAAUCCAUCAACCUAGCCACCUACCUGACAACGCUGUCCGACCUCCUCGGCAACCUCUCCCACCAAAACGAACUGACCGCUGCGUUCGAGGCCUUCGACGAUAAUGACGAUGGGCAGAUUGAUCUGGCGGAGUUGAAAGAUGCCUUGUUGCAUACUGCGCCUGAGGCUGGAGAGAGGAAGUUGACGGAGCGGGAGAUUGAUAUGGCCAUUGAGGGGUUCAGUGGACGGAGAGCUUUCGCUAAGGGAGGGAAGAGUUUGGGCAACAGGACGGAGGUGUUUAGAUAUCAGGAGUUUAUGGCUAGUCUUACGGGUGGGAAUGGUAAUGGUGGCGAGAAUGGCGAGGGUGCAGCUGCGCCGGCGUAG